CUUGAAUGGGACCUUUAAAUUUGUUUACAUUUUACUUUAAAUUUGCACGUUGUUUAUAUUUACGGCUGAGUUUUGUUUGUUUUAAGUGAAUUUAAAAACAGAAUAUGGCUUCGCGAAUAAGCAGCCCGCCCGAACGUAUUCUGCGGCCAUUAUUUCGAGCUGCAAAGGACAGUGUUCGCUCGUACAGAGCUGCUGUUUGCAAGACUUUGAAAAAACCUUUGAUCGUGGAUGAAAUGCCUGCCGUUCAACAGCUUAAGAAUAGUCAGGUACUGGUCAUAAACUUGCUGCAUGCACAGACUGUAAUCUGACUUUAUAUGCUUGAAUGCACUUGUGUUAAUAUAGCGAAAAUUGCAAGCAUUUUGCAUAUAACUACUUCAAUUAUUGUAAAAUUAAAAUAGAACCAUAAUUUCAACCAUAACCCAACCCUAUCUCUAAACAUCAUUUCGGGAUAGUUCCAUGGAAAGUCAGUUUGAGCAACUUGUCAGCGUUUGUUGCAGGGGUUAGGGUGAAUGUUAGGGUGUUAUUAAAAGAUUACGACACUGCAUGCCAAGUUCAUCACGUUUAUCACAUGCAAAGUUUGCCACGUGUUUUACUCCGAAAAGCCAAUUACAUUUGUGCAAUCCUCUUCAAAUCAGGGAUGGAUCCAACAUGAUCUGGUAGAGGGGGUGCUCUGCCAGCUCUGGUGCCGAGUUGUGUCAGUCAUGUGUGCCGCCCGCCCAUCAACUUGCUUCACUAGUGCAAAGUCUUGCUUGACUACUGUAUUUGAAUUGUAAUUGUUGUUCACAGUUCGCUUAUCAUCAUGUUAUUACUCAGAUUACUGUAUCUCAUUUUGUCUUUAAUAAUUUUUUGCUUUAUCAUGAAAAAUAGCACCCCCUCUGGCCAGGGCUAGGGGGUCCACACCCCUCUGCACUUCCCAGUAAAUCCAUCCCUGCUUCAAAUGCUUGUUAUGGUGAUGAUGUUGGUGUAUGGUGAUAGUAAUUGUGUUGAUGAUGGUAAUGAUGAUUAUGAUAGUGGUGACAAUGCUGGUGGUGAUUAUGGUGAUGAUACUUGGUGAUGAUGUUGGUUAUGAUCGUACGUGAUGAUGGUGAUAAUUAUGGUGGUGGCAUUUCCAGUUGAGCCAACCAAUAGAUACUACAAUGAUACUUUUUUCUUACUUAGGUGCGGAUUGGAGUGCAUUAUUGUGGAAUAAACUUUGCAGACAUAUUGAUGGCAAUGGGAUUGUAUCAGGAGAAACCUCCUCUGCCAGCGGUGUUUGGUAAUAUCUCUCAAUCUCGUCCAUGGAUAAACAGUCACAGAUUAAACUAUUGUCCAGUCUCAUGCAAAACAUUCAUGCUUGUUAAAGACCAUGUCAAGUCUGUUCUGCGCAUCAGUUCUGCUCGUAACAAAGGGGGACCCACAAAUAUAAACAAUGCCCACAUUUUGCAUCUUUCAGUCUUUUUGAAUUGAAACGUACUCUAGUUUAUAUUCAUUUACAAUAGCGAACCAGAAAAGAGUUAGAUAUUCAGUUAGUAUAUCUUAUUUUACAAAUUGUAGGAUUUGUUUACAUUACAGACUUGACAUGGUCUUUAAGAGUGUUUGAUAAUUAAUAUUGAAGUUCACCUUGAUGGCUGAAAUAAAUCAAACAUUUAAAUACUUGUUACAAAUAUUUUAGCUUUGCACAUGGCUGCAGAAAUUAACCCAUUAAUUGAGCUGCGCUCUUCCCUUGAUGAGUAAAAUCGUCUGGUGUUAGACAGAGUAGAAUUAUAAAGUUGGGCACACCAUUUUUUUUAUCUGUAAAUGGACUUGAUAAAAUAUUGCACAAACUUGUUGUAUUUAGGUGGAGAAAUAUCUGGGAAGGUCCUGGAAGUUGGCAGUGAUGUAAAAACUGUCUCAGAGGUACAACACAUGCUCAAAACCCUUGGCUAAUUGUUUACCAUAGAAAACCAAUUGCUCACUGAUAGUAUGUACGCGUGUGCGUACCUAUUUUUAUUGUCCGCAGGGCGACCACGUGCUGGGUUUGAGUUUCAUGGGCGGAGGCUUUGCUGACGAGUGUGUGCUCGAUUCCAGGGUAAGAUUACUUUGCAGUGUCUGAUCUCAGAGCUCGGGCAAGGCGGAACUUUAUAAUCAAAGCCCAUUUUCCACCAGUAGGUGACUAUUUGUUCGCGCGAAGCGAUAAACAAAUCUUGGCAAUGUGAUUGGUUGGACAGUUCCUACUUUUUUACUGUUCGUGCGAACAAAUUCGCUGCCAAGUGGAAAAUGGGACACCCUACUUUCGACCUACAGUAGCAGGCUAAACUUAGACCCCGUUCACACGCCGAUACCGGCAUGGAAUUCUGCCGGCAAAAAAUCAUCACGGUUUCAACUGUUCACACGAUACCGACAGAUUAUAUUCCGCUUUGACAAUAUGCUGCACAUAUCAGUUAAAAUAGACAGAAUAAAAUAUCCAACAACAACUUUUGCAGUUUUGUUAAUUUCAUUUUGCAUAACCGUGAUGAAAUUCUUACGGUUAGGCGUUCACACGGCACUCUGACGGUAGAAUUUCGUUCCGUUUUGGCGUUUUCAAACUCUUACGGUUUGCAUAUCGUUUCCAAACUCUUACGGUUAGCGUUACGGUUUCACAUUUUUUCAUACCGGCAUCGUGUGAACGCAACCCCUGAGCGGAAGAAUUUCGUACCGUUUUCAAACUCUGCCGGUAUCGUGUGAACGGGGUCUCAGAGGUCAGGGGCAGCACGCUAACCCUUGCUUUCCCUAACUGAAAGCUAUAGCACUGAUAAUGAUUGUUAAAUGUUAUCUAGACUGUGUGGAAGGUUUCAAAAUCUCUUGAUUUGAAGGACGUGGCUGCAAUGGGGGUCUCAUACGGCACGGCCUGGGUGUCGCUUACAAGAAGAGCUCACGUUCAAGCAGGGUGUGUGAAAAAUUCAGAAUUAACUCUGGGCGCAAAGGACAGCAGAGGAGGAUCCUGAAAGGCAGCGAGAAUUCUGUUGUUUCACCCAAUUUAUACUUAGAGACGGAUAAUCCCUGUCUAAAAACUGACCCAGCUGUCGCUGCGAACUAUAUACUCGCGACUUGCGAUUCGUUGUUGCAUCAAAAAUUACUUUGUAGUUGAUUGGCCUUUGUGAUUGCGUGUUCACUGCACACUCGAUGUAUCUUCAGUAAAUACCAUCAACUUGUCACAAGCUUGAUGGCAUUAUCAGACUUGUAACGAGGUUGUUCUAACAAGUCUGAUAAGUUGGAACAACUUAUAACAAGUCUGUUUAGCUCAGCAACAUUGUAUAAGCAAGUUGUCAACGAGUCGUUGGCAACUUGUCAACAAGCUGGGAACAAGCAGUGCGAACACAUCUUGUUGACAAGUUGUUGGAACAGCAUUGCUACAAGUCUGCUGCAGGUUUGUUACAACUUGUGCGUUUUUACGCAUGUAUAGGCGCAAGUAAUAAAGUAACAUUCAUGUUACUUUAUACUUCUUAGGGAAAGUGUGCUGGUGACUGCGGCCGCAGGGGGCGUUGGGAUGGCAACGGUAGAUCUUGCUGCUAAUGUUCUCAAUGCCAAGGUUAUCGGAGCCGCUGGAGGCGAGGCGAAAAACAAAUUAGUAUUACAACAAGGAGCAAGCAACGUUAUAGAUUAUAAAACACAAAAUAUUAGAGAGAAGGUAAGAUGUAAGUAACUUUAUUUAUACUGGAUAGCUCUAUCAGUUCUAAACUGUUCUUCCUAGAGGUCCAGUAAGGAUCAUCUCUUAUUGAUCCAGUGUUCCUACAGGAGGAAACCUAAACUAAACUAACUUUAUUUAUACUGGAUAGCUCUAUCAGUUCUAAACUGUUCUUCAUAGAGGUCCAGUAAGAGUCAUCUCUUAUUGAUCCAGUGUUGCUACAGAAGGAAACCUAAACUAAAGUUAUAGAUUAUAAAACACAAAAUAUUAGAGAGAAGGUAAGAUGUAAGUAACUUUAUUUAUACUGGAUAGCUCUAUCAGUUCUAAACUGUUCUUCCUAGAGGUCCAGUAAGGAUCAUCUCUUAUUGAUCCAGUGUUCCUACAGGAGGAAACCUAAACUAACUUUAUUUAUACUGGAUAACUGUACCAGCCGUUCGUCCUGGAGGUCUAGUAAAGAUCACCCUCAUAUCGAUCUAGUUACUGUCAUCAAAUCCUCUAUGUUCUGUUCUUCCAGAUAAAAGAGUUUACAAAUGACAAGGGUGUUGAUGUUGUUGUUGAUUCUGUUGGAGGCGAAACUGCCAUUGAAUGUAUUAAAAGGUAGGUUUUUUAUACGAAAAUAUUUUUGUACGAAAACAAUUUUGGUAGAUCCACUGGCCUCUAGACAAAUGACCUUCGCUGGUAACAUCCUUAAUGCGCUGUGUCUUAAACUAUGUAUGCAUUCAAGGCAGAGCUGACAAAUUCAUAUUUUUUAAGUAGUUUGAAACACGGCAUUAUAUUUCAUUUCUAGUAUUUCCUGGGAAGGGCGAUUUGUCGUCGUUGGAUUUGCCUCAGGGGAAAUUCCUAAGGUAAGAUGAUGGUGACGGGCUUGUGAUGAUGAUGAUGAUGGUGAUUGAUCAUGAUGGUGAUGGUAAUGAUGAUAAUAAUGGUAUUGAUGAUAAUGGUUAUGAUAAUCUUGGUUAAAGUUGUAAGUACAUAAUAGUACCUGACGUCGAUUUUUAUUUUUCUACCCAAGAUUGCGGCAAAUUUACUUUUGGUGAAAAACUGUUCUGCAGGUGUGAAUUUACUACUUUGUUUUUUACACAAUUUUAUAUCUUAUAAAUGAAAACUAAAUUUAUAUUUCAUAGCUCUUUUUAGCAAAUUUAUAUUUUGACGUAAACAAUUUAUUUUUUGUUUAACUCUAGUUGGAGUAUAUUGGGUAAGCCUUACGCUUUUAAAAUUUUAUUUAUCAGUGAAUUCUGUAGCUUUCCUUAUCUGUCAUGAUUUUCUUGAUAAGUUUUUAUUGAAUUUCUAUUGAUUUAUAAUUCUAUCACUUUCAGGGAGCGUAUAACAGGAAAAAACCAGAAGUCCUAGCGGGCUGCAUUAAUGACGUACUUAAAAUGUUAGAAGCAAAUCAAAUUCAUCCACAUGUCAGCAGAGUUUUCCCACUAAACGAGGUACGUGUACAGGGUAGAUAAGGGCCAUUCCAUUUAAUAUCCACACCCCCCCCCCCCUACGGAUGAGGUCAGUAAAAUUUUAACCCCUAAGAAAAAAAGAUCAAAGUGCCGACACAAAACACCCCUCGGAAAUUUGUAAAUUUUCCCAAAACACCCCUCAGAAAAAUCGCAGAGAUCAAAGGAUGCCGACAGGCUUAACCCCUCAGAAACGACUUUUUGAGUCACCCUUCAGAAAAGCUCAUCCGUAGGGAGGGUGUGGACAUUAAAUGGAAUGGCCCUAAGAAAUACGAAUUGUUACAAAAUGUUCCUGGUUUGUCCACCUUUGGGAAACAUGGCUAGGAAACAAUGUUUGCUGGUUUGUCCACCUUUGAGAAACAUGGCUAGGAAACAAUGUUUCCUGGUUUGCCCACCUUUGGGAAACAUGGCUAGGAAACAAUGUUUCCUGGUUUGUCCACCUUUGGGAAACAUGGCUAGGAAACAGGCUUAACCCCUCAGAAACGACUUUUUGAGUCACCCUUCAGAAAAGCUCAUCCGUAGGGAGGGUGUGGACAUUAAAUGGAAUGGCCCUAAGAAAUACGAAUUGUUACACUAAUGUUCCUGGUUUGUCCACCUUUGGGAAACAUGGCUAGGAAACAAUGUUCCUGGUUUGUCCACCUUUGGGAAACAUGGCUAGGAAACAAUGGUUUGUCCACCUUUGAGAAACAUGGCUAGGAAACAAUGUUUCCUGGUUUGUCCACCUUUGAGAAACAUGGCUAGGAAACAAUGUUUCCUGGUUUGCCCACCUUUGAGAAACAUGGCUAGGAAACAAUGUUUCCUGGUUUGUCCACCUUUGAGAAACAUGGCUAGGAAACAAUGUUUCCUGGUUUGUCCACCUUUGAGAAACAUGGCUAGGAAACCUUUGGGAAACAUGGCUAGGAAACAAUGUUUCCUGGUUUGUCCACCUUUGGGAAACAUGGCUAGGAAACAAUGUUUCCUAAGAACAAUACGAGUUUAUAUAUAUUUUUUUUAGAUAAAUGAAGCUUUUAAAUUUAUCAUGGAUAGAAAAUCAACUGGCAAAGUAUUGAUUGCAAUGUCGAACUCAAGUUGAUAACAGAGAGGCAAUAUAUAUACGCAUGCUGCAUGAUUCUUUUCUAAAACACUGUAAAUUGUAGACUUGAUAGUGUGCAAUGAUUUAUAUUAAAUUUAAACUGAGGUAUUAUUGAUCAUAUAAUUUACUUUUUAUUUAAGCCAUCGGACUGGUGAGAUUUUGAUCGUCUUUUAAAACUCAUGUUUGUUUUUUCAAAAUGCAUUCGAAACCGCGCCAAACACUAAUAUAUGUAUACAAAACUCGAGCAUGAGCAGAACGAAUUUAUCUACCCCUUUAUCUGUUCUGUUGAAGGCUACGUCGACACUAUACUGGAUAGUUUUCCGUAGCGCGAAAAAGCACCUAUCCAAUACGGAAUGUACAACUUUCAGAAGCUGAGCGAAACAACAUCUCUCCGUUACAAUAAUUCCUCUGAAAACAGCGUUCCUAAAAGGCACGGAUAUAGGUGCUUUUUCACGUCGCUACGGAGCUAAGCUAUCUGCUACAUUGCAAACGUAGCCUUACUUGCUAUACGGUUUUAAUUCAAGAGCGUUUUAGGUUUCUAGUAGAACUCCAACCCUAACUUUGCUAACUAUAAUUUUAAUAUACCACCCUAAUUGAAAAAAUCGUUAAAAAAUUAUGCACAGUACUUGCAUGGUUAAUGAGAUGCGAACCACAUGAAGAUAUUGAUUAAGACGUCUGCCUCCGUCUCAACUUUGGCAAGAGGGUGGUUAUCUUCUGGGUAGACCAAUAGCCU